AUGAGGUUAACAUCGCCAAGAAGCGGUCUCUUGACCGCAGCACUCCUCGCCCUCUUCGAGACAGCAAAAGGCCACUCCUGGCCAGAAUCGACCCGUCGUAUCGCUACUAACGGUACCUUCAUCGGCGAGGAGGGCUUCGACAGAGCUCAUAUUGAUCGGGAGAACCCCAGAGAGCAAUUCGAUUACCUCCUUCCCCCAAAUGGCUUAUCGACGGGAAAGCUCAUCAUGCACGACCACCCCAUCGUCAGGAAAAGCCAAGGCCCACUCGGCAGCUCAAGCUAUUCUGAAAAGUUUCCUAUGCUCAAGGUCGCUCCUGGUGACUUUGUCUCCAUCUUUUACCUCGAGAACGGCCACGUCACCAGAGCUGAUGGCGCCAACCCCAACAAGCCUAUCAACCGCGGCACUAUCUACCUCUAUGGCACAUACGAGAACGAUCUUUCCAAAACAACCCUGACCGAUGUCCUCCACACCUGGACCGCCGAUGGCAAAGGUGGUAACGGAAAGGGCCGUCUUCUCGCCACCCGCAACUACGACGACGGCCAGUGCCACGAGCCUAUUCCAGCUACUGGCGACCCGGAAGGCAUUUCCAGGUACCGCAAGGACGAAAUCACCCAGUCCGAGGCCCUGAGAUGCCAGUCCGACCUUCAAAUCCCCCUCGACGCCAAGCCGGGCGAUGUUCUCACCGUGCUCUGGAUCUGGGACUGGCCCGACAUGAACAAGCCCGGCGCUGCCGUCCCCCCAGCUAGCUUCCACGCCAAUUCUUCCGACUUUGGAGAGUACUUUGUCACCGUUCCCGAGAUCUACACCGGCGUCGUCGACUACAAAAUUGUCGACCCCUGCGACGACUCCUUGGGUGCGGUCAAAGGGCCCACCUGCAGUAAGGGCGGCAAGUCCUCCUCCCCCUUUAGCGGUAUCCUCAACAGCAAGAAGCGUUUCCGCAACAGGGUCAAGUUUGACUCGAAGCAGCCGGCCGAGUUCCGUGGUAUCCAGAGGCAGAUGGUCCAGCCGUUUAUGGUGAAGGUACCCCAGGCUGGGUUCGGCGGUAGCAACAGGUCCUCGGCAAAGUUCUUUCCUGGCACACGAGAGGGGAGGGUGAGUGUCGACAAGGCGAAUAUUCCACUUGCGGGGCUGAUCGGGAAGGAGACUAAGCCGCCGGUGCCGUUUUCGAUGGAGAUUUUGGACGGGCAGAGGAGGUAUCUUGAGGAGGAGGCGGUGCCUGAGGGUGAUGAUGAUGAUGAGGAGGAGGAGGAGGAGAAUGACGGACCGGCGCCGCCGACCUCUACUGUGGCUCCCACUCAGACCCAGACAACACCGACUUCUUCCCCGACGGUACCAACACCUACGGAUGGAGCUGAUUCUUCUUCUAUCGCGCCAAAGCCUACGGAGGGUAUUGAGACUAUUGCUCCCAGCCCAUCAAGCAGUCUUGAAACUAGCACCACAUCACCAAAACCAACAGAUGGUGCUGGUUCCAAUCCAGGCAGGGAAGACGGCGUUUUUUACGUCACCGUGACUAUACCCACGAGCUUCGUGACAGUGACAGUUCCCAAGACGGCGACUGCCUCCACCGCCACCGCCACAGCCAGUUAG